AAGCGGUUUUCAUAACAAACACAAUGGUGUACAGAUGUGUCGUAUCUUCCUUAUUCGCGUUUCGCGAUCAAAGAAAAUCCCCACACCUCUAGCCCCUGUGAACCACGUGAUCACGUUACAUCCAUACCAGUGCGGCCAGAUCGGGGAAAUUGAGGGGAAUACGGUUUAUCCUCUCCUUGGUCUUACCUAUGGGUUCUGAGGUGGUUGCGGGAGUUGUUGGGGAUACUCGCUGACGAGGAACGAGAUAGUAGAAGGGGUACAGCGGAGUGGGGGCAAAAGGUCGUUUCACCUUUUUCUGGCUUCACUGUUCCAUACGCAUGUCCUUCGAUAUUCGAUGAAAGAAUUUGCAAUCCCAGCCGUUGUAGGACAGCUGAUCCGAUGGUAUUCGAACGUGCUGCAUCGUGCAUCCGUUGGUCGUCAUGAAAAAGUGACUAAUCGCGUUCAAACCGUACGAAUAUUGCAAAGUUUUGUUCAUAUCCGAACAUAAAAAUUCUACGUACAGUAAAACGUCUUACAUCGCAUGGUGAAACGUUCGAAAACAAUGCAUCGAUUAAAUUGUUCGUCACUGCUGGACGGGUGCGAAACGUAUUGAGAGACACGAGAACAGGAAUCUUACGAUUUAUUUGGGUUGUUUCGAAACUCGCUCAUCGGAUCUCAGUAAGCGGUUAUGGUAUAUCUUUCGGGUGUCUGGGGCAUGGGAGAGACUAAAUCACAGUGCCACAACACAAAUAGUUCUUCCUCCUUUCCGCAGGAGAAUGAUGAAGAAGUCGCGUUGUUGCCACUCAAGAAUCAGGUCGGCGGACAUACUAGAUUGCUCUUACUUAACCAGAAUACAAUUUGCAAGCCACUAAAUUGUAGAGAACUUGAUUUUUAUCAAAACAUUCCACAAGAUAUUCAAAUCUUUGUGCCAAAAUUUAAAGGUAUCAUGCAAGCUUCCAACAGUGGGGAAGUGACAUUGGAAAAACGAUAUAGUCCUAGCUUCAGAGAACAAGAUAGCAGGCAACAAGGACACAGUUCGACUAAAAGAAAGAGAGACGACGUUCUCAGAAUGAAAAUUCAUAGAGACAACACUUUAAUGGGAAUACCAAAACCAGGAGUGCAUUUGGAUACCACACCCAACAGACAGUAUUUUCUUUUAUUGGAGAACAUAACAUCGCGGUACACACAUCCGUGCAUCCUGGAUUUAAAAAUGGGGACCAGGCAGCACGGUGACGAUGCAUCCGCUGAGAAACGCAGCAAACAAAUUGCAAAAUGUGCUGCCAGUACAUCAGCUUCGUUAGGCGUUCGACUAUGCGGGAUGCAGGUUUAUCAAGCCGACACCAAUCAUUAUGUCAAGCGAGACAAAUAUUGGGGCAGAGAAUUGAACGAAGAAGGUUUCAAGGCAGCGUUGUAUCGCUUUUUUCACAAUGGUUUUCGUUUGCGAACAUUAGCAAUUGAAAAAGUUGUGUCCAAGUUGGAACAGUUACGUCGCGCAAUCGAAAGACAAAGUAGUUAUCGAUUUUAUUCGUGUUCGUUGCUGAUCGUGUACGAAGGAUACGAGGUGAACGAUUUUUCGGGGUUGAAUCAUUCCUCGUCCGCUUUACAAACAGAAGGAGAAUCGACCAAUUCUAGUUUCGUCGACGACGUUGUCGCAAAUACUUCGGAAGUGUGCUACGACGCGGAUACAAGCAACAGUUCCACGGACUACAAUCUUUCAGUCCAGGAAGAAAUCAGUCAAGCAACUUUGCACAAAGGAUUCGGUGAAGCAGCUGCAAGAGGAGCCAAGAAUGCCGCUUUCUUUUAUCCUCCAAGCAGCGAGGAGACCGUUUUCGACGAAUCUAGCGUCGACAGCUUGAUCGACACGGUGCUUCAACAAACGACGACUCCCAGAUACGAACAAUGGAUGAUUUACGGAGGCUCGAACGAUGAAUUUUGUUUCGAGCAAAGUUCCGAUAUAGCGGAGGACGUUGGUUCCGAUACGGAAAUUGGCUCGGACAGCGGCCCGAAAAGACAAAGGCACGUCGAGUGCGCCAGCAGGUACACGCCGUCUUCUUAUCGGACCAAAAACAAACCAAAGUCUCAAGAAGCGCUCGUCGAUGUGAGAAUGAUUGAUUUUGCUCACACAACUUUUGUCCACAGUUCAUCCAUGCCCUGCAAUUCGAGCUCCAUGGUUCACCAAGGGCCGGAUUGCGGUUUCCUCACGGGUCUCGACAGUUUGAGACGGUUCCUUCUUGAAAUUUUGAACGAGGGUUGAACCGAGACAAUUUACGCGGAGGACUCCAACGACAAACCGAUGUGUACAUAUUUCCAGUGUAGAAUGUUUACGUUGCGAAUCCACGUGUGUAUAAUAAAAGAAAAGAAAUAAAGAACUGGCAGAAGGACGGCGAGAAGAAAGGAGAGCAGCAUGGAGAGAGGAAAGGUGGGAUGAAUGAUCGGUGGAUAGGAAAAAGGAAGAAAGGAAGAAAGGAAGAAAGGAACGAGGUUGUGUGGAUAUAUUUUACAAUCAAUUUGGAUCGCGUCUUCUUUUCUUUUUUAACAAGCACCCUCCAAUUACUUUCAUUAUUCAUUCAUUUAUUGGCCACUGACAAGGGAUGGGAUGGACGACCAGUCGCGCCGUUUGCUGCGAUUUCGUGGCCCGUGGUUUCAAAUACCAAUCGUAUGAACAAAAGAAAGCAGACGAGUAUUUUCUUGACAUCGAAGAACAGAACAAACUUUUCUUUCGAAUUACAACCGUACACAUCCUUAUCCCUUGUCUACGACGAGACAUGCGAUAUCGUUGAUAUUACUCAUUUGUUCGUACGAACCGCGAAUCGGACCGGACGAACAUAACACGUCGACGAACACGAUCAACCUAGUGGAAUAUAAACAUCAAGAUGCUCGGGGAAAUCAAUGUUUCGAUUCGUUUACGUUACUCAUUGCAACGCGCACAAUCCAAAUAAUGUCUAUUAUUUGUUCGACUUUGUUUCGAGUAUAUAAGUUUCAUUUGAUACAAUAUAUUCUUUCUUUGAAUUUCAUUUAAUAUCGAGAAUCAAGGAAAAUGACUACCGAAUGUGUUCAGGAGAAAACUGUAUAGCGCUUAAUUACCACUAGUACGAUUAACAUGAAAAAUGUGUUAAAAACGGUACGUUUUAUCCGCGAGUUUCCUAUCAAGUUGCUGGUUACACGGCAAAUCUCAGUUGGACGACUAAAUACAAAUACGACGAUAAAAUGCACUUUAUUUUGAAAGAAUGUUCCCGCCGUUUUACAAUAUAUGGUUGGUUGUAAGCACAAAGAUAGAUGCCUUAACGGCGAGAACUGAACUUCAUAGUGAAUGUAAAUAAAAGUAAUAAAUAAAUAAACGAAUGAACAAAUGGAUAUAAAUAAAUUUACUUAAAACAUGAAUACAUAAGUAAUUAAAUAAAUAAAAUGACAUACAUAGUACGAACGUAGAUAAAUGUAACUAU